AUGCUUCCCCCCCAACUCAGUUUCCACCCACAAAAGAUAUCCAUGGCCGUGCUAAAAUUUAAAGAUAGCCUUGAAAACGUAGAGAAGGAUGAGUUCGGUGACUGGGAAUUCCGAUUGGUGACGGAUGCCGCCGGUCGAACUGCCUUGGAUGCCGCCCGACAUGGGGAGCCUUUGGAAGAGGUCAAGCGACUCGUUGAGCAUGAGAUGGUCACACUAAAAAAGGGUUACUACUAUGGAUAUACUCGUUCAUUCACCGAAGCAGCAAAGAGAGGCCAGAUCAAAGCGGUGCAGCGAUUGAUUGAGGCUGGGGUUGACAUACAUGCCCGCGCUUUCAUGGACAUGGUGGGAUCGGCUCUGGAACAAGCGGCACUCAAGAGAAGGACCGAGGUAGUGAAGAUCAUACUAGCUACUGAAGAGAGGCAAAACGCGAAGGAUUGCUACAGCGCAAACGCGCUGGAGCAAGCCGUUCAGGACGCCCGACACGACGAGGUUACUCGACUCAUGAAGGCCAAGAAGUUCCUCGAAGCGGCGCAAGCUAUUAAAGACACUGCUCUGCAAGAUGCUGCUGGCUUGGGCGACAUGGAGAUUGCGAGGUCGCUGGUGAAAUACGGCGCGAAUGCUGAUGCAGCAACUGAUGUGUCACAUGAACGCGCGCUGUCCUCCGCGGCGAGCGGCGGUCAUCUUGGAAUGGUUGAAUACCUUAUCCAAAAUGGAGCUGGCACUACUGUCCCAUGCGGAUCCUCACAGUGCACGCCUCUACGAGCCGCGGCCAGUGGUGGUUAUCUCGAAAUCGUUGAGAGAUUGCUUACAAUCGGCGCAGAUCCAAAUGCCGACAGAGCAUUACGCGCAGCCUCUUCAGGUGGGCACCUAGCAGUUGUUGAGCGGUUGCUGAAGGCAGGUGCACUUCCAAACGACCCCGACAAGUGGAACCGUGAGCAAUACUCCUCGCCACUACAGGAAGCCGCGCUUGGAGGACAUUUGGACGUCGUGGAGAUACUACUGCAAGCAGGCGCGGACAUUAAUGAGCCUUCAGUGAGACAGGGAAGGACCGCACUACAGGCCGCAGCUGGAAAAGGUAACGUCGAAUUGGUCGAAAGAUUGAUGGCUGCUGGUGCUGAAGUGAAUGCAAAAGCUGGGGAGUGGGGUCGCACGGCGCUGCAAGCCGCAGCUGAAGCAGGGAGCAUCGACAUCGUGAACACCUUCCUGAACGCCGGUGCUAAGCUCGAGACUGACGCUUGGGGUUCAGCCUCCCCGUCGCUGAUGUUAACGAUCAAGGGAAAUCACGCUGGGGUGUUUGAAAGACUGUUACAAGAGGUGGCAAAGGAGAAGGCGGAGACUACAAAGGCGAUGCGACGAGCUCUCGAAGCCUGCAUUGAGACGGGGCACGUUGAGUUCCUCAAGUCCCUGCUAAGCCUGGGAAUGUCGGUUAAUCAAGAGCACGGUAGUCAUUUUCGCUUGCUCACGGUUGCGGCCACAAGAGGAUAUACUGAAGUCGUGAAGGUGCUUCUCGAAGCUGGUGUAAAAGUACAUGAUAGCGAGGCACGCUCGAGUACUGCGCUGCAAGCAGCUGUGGAAGGGGAUCACCUCGAAACGGCGCAGGUACUUCUCUCUGAUGGCGCUGAUCCGAGCGCGGCUGCAGGGAGGAAGGAACCCCCUUUGCACAUGGCGUGUAUGAAAGGGAACGAAAAGAUGGUACGACUAUUGCUUGAUGCAGGUGCGGAUGUACAUGCAGUCUCGUACACUGAAAGGGCAGUCCUUGACGCUGCAGAAGAGGGCGACAAUCAAGCCAUCAUAAACAUGCUGAAACGCAGACAAGCUGAAACGCCCGCACCACGAAAACGCAGUAUGUCUUUGGAUGUAUCAACUAUUACCAAGGCGGAGUUGUGCGCAACAUGCGAAAACUUACCAGCGGCAUUCUUCACCGGACAAUGCCCGAGUUGGGAGGAUAGUCCGAAGUGGCAUCUAUCACUGUACUCCCUCCAAUAUUCUUCCCGUAGCGGAUGUCCUUUCUGCAUGUUCUUCUGGAAACAGCUCGGGAUUACGACGAUCACGCUUCCUCAGCCGAGCGAGGUGAGACUGUAUCGGGGCUCAAGCAUCAAACCAGUAGAAUCUAUGUGGAGUCAGAUUGAUGAGCCGUUUCCAGAAGACAUCGAAUGUCCAAAAACCCUGCGAACUGGUUUUCAGCUCAAUAUCGAGUCUUUCGAAAGUAGAUCCCCUUUGCACGAUCCCCGAGGAUCUCCGCUGACAUUCUUCAGACAAGCGACAGCCACUAUCUGGAAGUACUUCGUCCCUCGAGACUUUCGAACAGCUCCAUUCAUGGCUGCAGCAAUGCAACCAAAACCAUGA